AAACAAUCAAAAUGGUCUCUUAUAUGAAAAAAUCAUUAGGUACAUUAGCUGGCUUUGGUAGCUCGAAUCUUUUGCCACCUGCAGAUCAUCUAUCGUUACUCAACGAAGACGACUGUACAGGAUGUGCAAAUCCAUGCGCUGAACACAAAGAGUUCCCUUCUUAUUUACAUAUUGAGCAAGAUUUUCCUAUUCUCGGCUCUGUUAAACCUUAUGGUAGACAUAUACUCAUCUCUACGGGUAUGACCGAUUGGCCUAAACAUAUUGACGACGAAAAGGACUCAUUUGCUCAGGCACUGUUUGCAGCGAUCCAUCAGAAAAAGCCCACCGCCUGGAAGAAUCUUAUCACCAAUGCUUCCAUCACAUCCAGUCACUCCAAUGUUCCUGGUGGUUGUGAUAUCUUGAUUUUUCCUGAUAACAUUCUAGUGUCCAAUGUAACAAACGAUAAAGCAGAUGAUUUCUAUCAAUUGUUUAUGGCAGCGCCGUUACCUAGAGAACCCAUGGAUAUCGAGUUUAUGAUGCGAGAUGAUCGUAUAGGUGAAAUGAAAAUCCAGAAAUGUCCUUACAAGAAUCUAAUGUUGCUGUGCUCCCACAAAAAGAGAGACAAGCGUUGUGGUGUUACAGCUCCCAUCCUUGCUCAAGAAAUUGAUCGUGUAUUAAGAGAAAAAGAUCUAGGUGAAGAAGAUGUUGCUAUUAUUAUGGUGAGCCAUAUUGGAGGUCACAAAAUUGCUGGCAAUGUGAUUUGCUAUAUAAAUGAAGGCACAAGAGGUGUAUGGUAUGGUCGAGUCAAGACAUGUCAUUGUAGAACUAUCAUUGAAGAAACCAUUGUCAAUGGCAAGGUUAUCAAAGAAAUCUAUCGUGGAGCUAUGGACAAUAGCUUUGAAAAUCAACAAACAAGAUCAUUAUUAAAAUGGUAGAUAAAAUCAAACAUUUGUAAAUAAGAAAAAAAGAUUGUAUUGCUCUGCAUAAAAUAGACGAACUAUUGUAAUAAACAAUAAAAUAUCUGUUUAUUUUCAAUUAUAUAAUAAAGCAUC